UCACGCCUCUGGACCCUCAUUCAGAGUGAGACAGACCAGCAGCAAACGCUAAGCAUAAGCAACUUCUUUCUGUCGUGGCUCCUUUCGUUAUUUGCCGUCUACACCAAUCUACGAUUGUUUUCUUAGCCUCGUGCACAUUUGCUAACGUAUCCUUUGAGUGUCCCACCGUCAGCAUGUCCUCAGACGCAUCAUCUCCUGUGAAGUCCACCACCCCUCCUCUGUCCCCGCUGUCUCCUGUCUCUCCAGUUUCCCCCAGCUCUCUGCGUCUGCCUGCCUGCCGCCAAAGAGACCGGUCACUCUCCCCCAUGAGGGUCUACCUGAUUCCCAGCCCCCUGCCCACCCGCCGCAACCGCACCUGCUCAGCUGCAGCACGUGCAGCCGAGGGGCCGGUCUUCACUGGGGUCUGCAAGUGCUUUUCACGUUCCAAAGGACACGGUUUCAUCACGCCAUCAGACGGAGGCAAUGACAUCUUUGUGCACAUAUCUGACAUCGAUGGUGAAUAUGUGCCUAUGGAAGGUGAUGAAGUUAGCUACAAGAUCUGCUCUAUUCCACCCAAACAUGAGAAGAUCCAGGCCGUGGACGUGACCAUCACUCAUUUAGCACCAGGCACGAAGCAUGAGACCUGGUCUGGAGCGGUGGUUGAAACAUGAGAUCCUCUCUUAACUCUGAACUGUGUGAUAGUGAUGAUAAAAGGGGUUUCUGUUCCUUUUCUGGGGGUGGGUGGGGGAUGGGAACGGGGCUGAAUUGCCUUUAAGUGCUGUGUAACAUGACGCCAUAAUUCCAAGAAAAAUAUAAAAAUACUGCAUCUGGUUUUCCCCCUUUCUUUCUUUGGGCUCAGGAGGGGAGUUUGUUUAAAAUUCUCUAUUAUUGGGUUUGUGGUUAAUAAUGUGGAAUGAUCUUACACGAACCAUCUGUGAAUCGCUGAUUGAUUUGAGUACUUUUAAGAACUGGCUGCAAAAUCUUAACAAUAAGCCUUAUCUCAUAUCUAAAUUGCUAAAGUAUGUAGAUUUCCAUAUUUUUUUUAUUCACUGGAAAAAAAAAUUCUGUGUUUGUCUAUACAUUGAAAAUAUAUAAUUUUGAUCAUUUCUCAUGUGUUUCUUGGUCAUUUUGGUUCAAAGACAGUCAAGAACAAUAAAAGAUUAAUCAAAAUGUCAGAUUUAUUUUAACAUUUAUUUUAUAGCUUCCUCAGACAACAUUUAGAUUUUAUGUAGAAAUCACAUCAAUUUCUUUGUAUUUGUACAACACAACUGUAAACAUCUGCAUUUUUUAUAUAGACCUAAUUGUUAGUGUCUGUAAAUAAUACACAUUUCUCAAUUAAAUACUGACUUUGCCGAGUACAGACAGAGCUUUCACAACUCCGAUUGCUGCUAUGCACGCUGCCUGCUCGCAACAUUAAAAGGAACGUUUAAAGACACCCAAAACAACAUGAAUUGCAUUUCUACAUUACACUAACAUAUGGGACACAAAAUCACGAAAGAAUAACACCGUGUUAGAGAGGGUUUGAUUUCGUACAUAUUAAUAUUUGAUGCGUUAAUGUCAGUUAAAUAAGAAACUUGAUUCCGAUGCGGCUGGAAACAUUUUAGUGUUCACAGACAAAACUUACAGAAUGAGCAUUGCAUAAUCUCACUACAGUAAGUAGCUACAUACUGGGGUUUAAGUGUUUAAAAAGGAAAAGACGGUUUGUUUUAAUCAAGCGGAAGGGACGUUUACUCUGUCGGCUCGGAGCAACUGGAAGAGGAGAAUCACCCCAAAGAUCAGAAACGUUUACAGGCUGUGAUAACCAUUAAGUGAAGAUGACCUUGUAGUUGUUAUCCAGCAGAACAAUAUACCUUUUUUUUCUUGCCUGUAAUGAGAAACACGAGGGGAUCAUGUUCACCUGAGUAGAGGAGCGGCCUCAACAAGCUUGUGCUUUUCAAACAUGCUUCCUGACAGAUUACUAUUGUUAGGUGGAUGUUUGGCUUUGAAAAAUACAGAUUUAUGGCCUUUCGUUCACCAUAUUAAUUCUGUUAGAUUGUAGAAAAUAUCAGCCCUCACAUUACCACACCAGGUUGUGCUUUAAAAGUGUCUCAGUAAUGGCAAUGGUUCUUUAUGACUGAGCAAUGACAGUAAAGCAGCCACCUCAAUAAAGGAAAUUGCUUAUUGCUUGAAGGUUUUCAUCUCAACAGACGUCUUAUUAAAAUGGGAAUAGAGGCUCUACAGUUCUCUGCACUUUCACUUUUUCCAGCUUUCCAUUGGCUCGCUCUAGUGCCUCAGAAUGCAGUGAGGCCAACGCUGCUUCCACCAUUUGUCUUUCACACAUGCUUUUAAUUCAGAGAGGACGGUUAUAUUCAGGUACUCUGUAAAUUAAAUCUUCCGUCAUGCAAAAUUUCACACUUUAGACAUUUCAAAUACAGAUAUUAGUAUCUAUAGAUA